GCUUGGGGACUCUGAGAAAGCAGACUCUGUUCUGAAAACCUACUGAAGUCAUCAACAGGAAGACACAAAGAAGCCUCAACGCCAAUCACUGUCAGCAGUCGCCAUGAAGGCCACGUUCACCGCCAUCGUGCUCCUCGUCUUUGCUCUGGCUUUGGCUUCAGAGGUGGUGCAAGUCCACGAGGGUGGAUUGUCAUUCUCAGUGGAAGCUGUGAAGAAGCUCCAGGAGCUGACAGAGAGCAGCGAUGCCGUGCAAGCACAAAGUCCUCGCCUCCUGGUCAGCAACAUCGCCGUGUGUGACGACCCCGACCUCCCACAGGAGCUCCUGCCCCUCUGCAAGCAAAAGGGAGCGUCUGCAUCGUUCGCCAGACUAGCGAUGGUUCCCAUGGACGUGUGUGAGAUCUGCGCCUUCGCUGCCUGCACUGGAUGCUAAAGACAUCCAGCAAAGCCACAAACAUUUUGCCAAAUCCAAGACAUAAUUUUCUCUCUCUCUCUCUCUCUCUCUUUCUGCCUCCAGAUGAUUUCAGAGGAUUUGUGAAACUGAGAACCUGUUAUGACUGAACAGAAGUUAAUUCACUGUUAGAUGUAAAUCAGCCAAAAAAAAAAAAAGAAGAAGAAAAGAAAAAAUGAUCAAGUGAGGUGUGGAUUCUACAAGCUGUUACUCUGUAGCAUAUUUGUAACACUUAUGUUUCAGCUGCCUGUCAUUUAUUCAACAUUGUAAAUUCAAAUUGUUACAUUUCUAUCUGAGCUUUGUAUACAUAUUUAAAGUCGGGGUUUCAUGUGGUUUUUAUUUUUAUUCAUUUUUAUUAACAUUUUGAAUAAAAA